UCAACUUUUUGUCGGUACCCCUCGCUAACAAUAGAAAAUUUUCCAGGUUAUCAAGUGUGCUGAAUACGAAAAAGCACUUUGCUUUAACUCUAAAUGAACUUUAAUUUUUUGUCGGUGAUAUGUUUUACAGAAAACAUAGGAGUGCGCUAUAGGAGGUUUAUGUUUCUUGAUAGAAUGAUGUCUCGGUUGUUUCGUAAGGCCCCGUUUUGAGGAAUAUCACAUUUGCAACCGUCGUAAAGCUCGUACCCUUCCUUAUGAGAGGGCCUCCAGUCAACCAGCUAUAAAACGCAAUGAAAAUUCGUCAAAUAGUUUUUCUGCAUUGGAAGCGGAAUUUGGAGUAUACUCUAUCUUAGCUGGGUUACACAUCGAUAUAUCUAUAGGGACGGUAAAUUCAAAGAAAACGCUGACAGUAUUUUAAAGAGUUUUCUACAAAACCUGAGAAAUAUGAACAGACUUUUCGCAUUUUGAAUCACAUUUUGUUAUGCGGCAAGUAAAUUAGUUUUUCUCGAUCCUCUAUUUAGCAUUUUUCUACCGUUCGGCCAUUUCUAUGAAGUUUUCAAAGUGACUGAGUCGCUGAAGUAUUACACAAGCCACAUUCUCAAAUAUAUGAGUAUAUUUCAAAAAGCUGGUUUUUUUAGGGAAUCUUAGGAAAAUCAUUUCAUAAGGCGAAAAUGUAACAUAGCAAUAUAUUGGCAGUUUUCAACUGAUUUUCCUUAGUGUGGAAUAGAAUUCUUAUUUCGCCUCUGCAGAACAAUGUAACUUUUGAGGCUGCUGUUUUUUGAAAUUUUUGUCCAAAACUGAUUGGAGAAAAUCCAUUAAAUAAUGAGUGUUGUUCAGAUUAAAUUUCUUUUUUCGAAUAAUAUAUUAAUGAAGUUUUUUCAAAUAAAGGUUCGUUACAUACUAGAGAUAAUCUCUGGCAAACUCUUCCGUAUCCGAUUCAUCUUUCUAAGAAAACGUUAUUAACUUUAUAUCAUGUUAAUCUGAUACAUGGCCGCUGAAAAUGUCCUGGAUACAUGUUCUUUAACAGUAAGUCUGCGUUUCAGCGAAACUAAUUGUUUACUGCAUAACAAGACUUAUGUAGAAAAAAAGAUUGCAAUCCACUAAAAUAGUUCUACAAACGUACAAUGCAACAAGCUAAAGCAAUAAACAUACCGUUCAACGUUAAAUAUGAACUACAUUUGAUGAUUUGGGACAGAUUGCAGCUGUUUUUUUAUUUAUGAGAGGACUUCUGAGAAUUUCAAGCUUUUUAAUCCACUAACAUCUGAAAUUUUUAACUUUAAGCACAAAGACCAGUGAUAAAAGCAACAUGUUCUUCUACAACAACAGCUGCAGGGGGACAUGGUUCGGGCUCGCUACAAAAUGAAUUAAGUGAACCAUACGAUGUAGUUGUGGACAAGAACCAGGCUAUUUAUAUAGCAGAUUGGGGGAAUAACCGAAUACAGAAAUGGUCUGCUGGAUCAUCUAAUGGCGUGACCGUUUUCCCACCUACUGGUUUUAAGUUUUCACGUCCAUCGGCACUAUUUCUCGGAUUAAAUGAUUAUUUAUACAUUGUUGACGAAGGUGACUAUCGAAUCUUAAAAUGGGCCGUUAGUGGAGGCGCACAAGCUGAAUUAGUAGCUGGAGGGAAUGGAAAUGGGAAUGCUGCAAAUCAAAUAAGCGAUUGUGAAGGAAUAUUUGUUGACAAUAGUGGUAAUAUUUAUGUGUCAGACAGAGACAAUCAUCGAGUAACCAAAUGGGCACCAAAUUCCGCCAGUGGGACCGUGAUAGCUGGUGGAAAUGGAUUUGGAUCAUCGCUCAACCAGUUAGCUUUUCCCCAAGGUAUUUUUGUUACUUCUGAUAGUACAGUUUAUAUAGCUGAUACAGAUAAUCAUCGAAUAGUCAAGUGGCCUCAAGGAUCAUCUGAGGGUCAAAUAGUUGCCGGUGGAAAAGGAGAUGGAUCAAAUUUGGACCAGUUGCAUAGUCCGUCAUCAGUUUUAGUUGAUUCUACUGGUAAUGUUUAUGUAUCUGAUUAUGAAAAUCAUCGUAUCAUGAAUUGGACUUCUGGUGCCACUAAUGGAAUAUUCGUCGCCGGCGGUUAUGGCACUGGAUCAGAUCAAUUGUCUAAUCCUCGUGUAAUCAGAUUUGAUCUCAGUGGUAAUUUAUAUGUAGUUGAUUCCGAUAACGAUCGCAUACAAAAAAUUACUUUCAACAGUGAUUCAUGUAGUAAGUAA